CCCCCGGCUGGCUGAGUGGGCGUGGCCACAAUGCCAGUGUGUCACGGAGCCGCCACACAAAAGCGGCGAGUGUCUUGGGGCCAUUUUUCAGCGGUGACAAGGAGGACACGGCCCCAUGUUGCCAGAGGACGCCUCAGGGAGGUAAGACCUCUUCACUUCCGCUGUGCGCGUGACAAGAAGGAGCAUGGAGCCGUGGAAAUAUCACGCCACUUGAAUGUUGUUGUUGUUGUUGUUGGUGGUGACGUCACGGACUUAUGGCGCUGCUUCUCCUGCUGGACCUCACCUGGACUCUCUGCUGCUGGAUCAGCACCGUGGAAGGUUCCUGUCCAACAGGCGGCGCUGUGACCUGCGAGCAGUGUCUCCAACUGGGUCCAGACUGUGCUUGGUGCACCCAGGAGAACUUCAGCAGCUGGCUGGCGGUCAGCCAGAGGUGCGACACGCCGGCCGGCCUGCUGGGCAAAGGUUGUGCCGGGACUCACUUGCAGUUUCCCGUCUCCGAAGCGCAGAUCCUUCAGGACCAGCCGCUGGGCAAGAAGACGUCCAGCAUGAACCGCACCCAGAUCUCCCCGCAGAAGAUGUCCCUCAAACUACGAGCAGGCGGUCAGGUGACUUUUCAGGUGAAGAUCCAGCACACGGAAGACUACCCCGUGGACCUCUACUACCUGAUGGACCUGUCGGCGUCCAUGAUCGACGACCUGAACACCAUCAAGGAUCUGGGCUCCUCGCUGUCCAAGGAGAUGGCCAACCUCACCAGCAAGUUCCGCAUGGGCUUCGGUUCUUUUGUGGAGAAGCCCGUGCUGCCCUUCAUCAGGAUCACGGAAGAAGAGCUGGCCAACCCCUGCGGCAGUGCAGGAGGGAGCUGCUCGCCCACCUUUGGCUACCAACACGUGUUGUCGCUGACCAGUAGCUCCGCCCACUUCAAGGAGAAGGUGUCCAUGCAGCAGGUGUCUGCCAACGUGGAUAUUCUGGAAGGUGGCUUUGAUGCUCUCAUGCAGGCUGCUGUCUGCGGGGACAAGAUCGGUUGGAGGAACGACUCCAUGCGUCUUCUGGUCUUUGUCAGUGAUGCUGACUCACACUUUGGCAUGGACAGCAAGAUGGCGGGCAUCGUGGUGCCCAACGACGGCCUGUGCCACCUGGACGCCAACAACCAGUACUACAAGUCCACUCUGCAGGAGUAUCCCACGCUGGGCCAGCUGAUUGACAAAGUGGUGGAGAACAACAUCUUGCUGGUCUUUGCUGUCACACAGGAGAAGAAACUCAACUACCAGAACUAUGCCAGUCUCAUCCCGGGGGCCACAGUUGGCGAGGUGGCUUCAGAUUCUCGGAACAUUCUGGAACUCAUACUGACGGCCUACAAAGAACUGCGAUCGGAGAUCGAACUGGAGGUGAUUGGAGACACGGAAGAGCUGCGCAUGUCCUUCACGGCCAUCUGUCCCAACGGGAGCGUCUCCACGGACCUGAAGCGCUGUUCUCAUGUCAAACCUGGAGACACGGUGGUGUUCAACGUGUCGGUGGAGCUCCCAGAAUGCUUUGCUGGAAGCAGGCGCUUCUCCUUCAAGCCGGUGGGCCUGCAGGACACCCUGGACGUGGACUUGGAGUCCCGGUGCUCCUGCCGGUGCCCGCAGCCGCUGUCCACCAACAGCAGUCGCUGCGCCGAGGGCCAGGGGACUUUCCGCUGCGGCGUCUGCGCGUGCCAGGCGGGCUUCUUGGGCGCCCGCUGCGAGUGCAACGAAGAUAACGUGGUGUUGGGCGAGUGUGUGACCAGCAACCACACCGAGGUCUGCAGCGGUCAGGGCCAGUGCCACUGCGGACUCUGCGUGUGCGACACAUCCCCCUUUGGCAACAUCUACGGCCCCCACUGCCAGUGUGACGACUACUCCUGUGUUCGAGUCCGAGGGGAACUCUGUGGAGGACACGGCGUGUGCGACUGCGGAGAGUGCCGCUGCCACGGCGGAUGGACGGGCGAGUACUGCAACUGCAGCAGCAGCAGCGACGCCUGCCUGUCCCAAGAUGGCGGGCUGUGCAGCGGCAGGGGGCGCUGUGAGUGUGGGCGCUGUGUCUGCCUGGUGCCAGGGGCCUCAGGGGACACCUGUGACAAGUGUCCCACCUGCGGGGACGCCUGCUCCGUGGCAAGGACGUGUGUGGAGUGUCAUCUUCAAGCCCAGGACGACGCUGACAUGUGUGAAGUCAACUGCAGUUUCCCCAGAAUUGACAUCAACACAACAGCAGGUGUGGAAGAGAGUCCCUCUAUGCAGUGCACUCUGAUGUCUGACAACGAGUGCUGGAUCUCCUUUAGCGUGCUAGCCAGCGACACGACCACGGUCUACAACCUGCACAUGUACGGUUGUCCUGAGGAACCCAACAUCCCCAUGAUCAUCCUGGGGGUCUCCCUCUCCAUCGUGUGCAUCGGACUCAUCCUGCUGGCCGUCUGGAAAGUUCUGGUGUCGAUCCACGACCGCAAAGAAGUGGCCAAGUUCGAGGCGGAGCGGGCAAAGGCCAAGUGGCAGUCGGACACCAACCCACUCUUCAAAAGUUCAACGUCUACCUUUAAAAAUGUUACCUACAAGAGCAGGGAGCGCGACAAGAUCAUUACCUUGGAUCCAUAUUGAUGAUUGGCUGAAGGCAAUGCAACCGAGUGCACUUACUGUACGUGUGUGUGUGUGUGUGUGUGUAUAUGUAUACUAGGGUUAUACGGUAUACCGGUACCAGUAUCAUAUCACGGUACUAAUGAAUCAAAAAUGGUACUAUACUCUGUUUGAAAAGUACCGGUUCCCCUUUUUUUUUAUUUAAACGGACAUGACAACGCGUCAUCACGUCAUGACAUUGCUGGUUUUAUGAGCAGAGGAGCAUGUACGGCAGUGCACACACACAGAGUACUAACAAGCAGACAGUGUGUAGACAAAAAAGGGAGAAUGGACGCAGUUUGGUGUAAAAAGUCAAGAUAAAGGUGAAGUUAUAACACUGAAACACCCUCAGGAAGACGUGCUUUAAGACAUGGCUAGCCAGCUAGCGGCUAACAUCCAUUCAAUGUGUUUUAGCUACUUAAAAAUCACUAAUCCUGGUCUCCAUGGUGACAAAUAAAGUAUGUUUCAUGCAAGUAGCAUCAUCACUGCAGGACGAGGAAUAGCUAAACAUGCUUCACUACACACCGUAGGAGGAUACAAUAGGUAAACAAACAAUGUAAACAAACACUACACCUGACAUCCACUGUAAUGAUACCAAGUACAAAAGCGUAUCUAGUCCAGGGGUCACCAACGCGGUGCCCGCGGGCACCAGGUCGCCCGUAAGGACCAGAUGAGUCGCCCGCUGGCCUGUUCUAAAAAUAGCUCAAAUAGCAGCACUUACCAGUGAGCUGCCUCUAUUUUAUUUAUUUACUAGCAAGCUGGUCUCGCUUUGCUCGACAUUUUUAAUUCUAAGAGAGACAAACUCAAAUAUCCAUCCAUCCAUCCAUCCAUCCAUCUUCUUCAGCUUAUCCGAGGUCAGGUCGCGGGGGCAGCAGCCUAAGCAGGGAAGCCUAGACUUCCCUCCUCCAGCCAUUUCGUCUAACUCUUCCUGGGGGAUCCCGAGGCCUUCCCAGGCCUGCCGGGAGACAUAGUCUUCCCAAGGUGUCCUGGGUCUUACCCGUGGCCUCCUACCGGUUGGACGUGCCCUAAACACCUCCCUAGGGAGGCGUUUGGGUGGCAUCCUGACCAGAUGCCCGAACCACCUCAUCUGGCUCCUCUCAAACUCAAAUAGAAUUUGAAAAUCUAAGAAAAUAUUUUUAAAAGACUUGAUCCUCACUUGUUUAAAUAAAUUCAUUUAUUAUUUUUACUUUGCUUCUUAUAACUUUCAGAAAGACAAUUUUAGAGAAAAAAUACAAGCUUAAAAAUGAUUUUAGGAUUUUCAAACACAUAUACCUUUUUACCUUUUAAAUUCCUUCCUCUUCUUUACUGACAAUUUAAGUCAAUGUUCAAGUAUUUUUUUUUUUUUUUUAUUGUAAAGAAUAAUAAAUACAUUUUAAUUUAAUUCUUCAUUUUAGCUUCUGUUUUUUCGACGAAUAAUAUUUUUGAAAUAUUUCUUCAAAUUUAUUAGGAUUAAAAUUCCCCCAAGAAUAUUCUGGCAAAUCUAGAAAAUCUUUAAAAUAUAUUUAAAAUCUUAUUUCAAAGUCUUUUGAGUUUCUUUUAAAAAUUUUGUUCUGGAAAAUCUUAGAAGAAAUAAUGAUUUGUCUUUGUUAGAAAUAUAACUUGGUCCAAUUUGUUAUAUAUUCUAACAAAGUGCAGAUUGGAUUUUAACCUAUUUAAAACAUGUCAUCAAAAUUCUAAAAUUAAUCUUAAUCAGAAAAAAAUUACUUAUGAUGUUCCAUAAAUUAUUGUUUUAAUUUUUCCCAAAAAUUUGAAUUAGCUAGUUUUUUCUCUUCUUUUUUUCGGUUGAAUUUUGAAUUUUAAAGAGUCGAAAUUGAAGAUAAACUAUGUUUCAAAUUUUAAUUUUAAUUUUUUUCGUGAUUUCUCCUCUUUUAAAGCGUUCAAUUAAGUGUUUUUUUCAUCAUUUAUUCUCCACAAAAAAACAUCCGUAAAAGGAAAAAAAAUGUACGACGGAAUGACGGACAGAAAUACCCAUUUAUAUAUAUAUAUGUAUAUAUAUAUAUAUAUAUAUAUAAUAUAUAUAUAUAUAUAUAUAUAUAUAUAUAUAUAUAUAUAAUUUAUUUAUUUAUUUUUUAAAGGUAAAUUGAGCAAAUUGGCUAUUUCUGGCAAUUUAUUUAAGUGUGUAUCAAACUGGUAGCCCUUCGCAUUAAUCAGUACCCAAGAAGUAGCUCUUGCUUUCAUAAAGGUUGGUGACUCCUGAUCUAGUCAAUGCUACUAUGAUUACAUCAAUAUAUUUACUGUCACAAAAUCUUUUUUUUUAAUUUUCAAAAUUCAUAUUAUGUUGAUAAACUCAGUAAAUACGUCCCUGGACACAUGAGGACUUUGAAUAUGACCAAUGUAUGAUCCUGUAAAUACUUGGUAUCGUCGGAUUGACACCUAAAUGUGUGGUAUCAUCCAAAACUAAUGUCAAGUAUCAAAGAAGAGAAGAAUAAGUGAUUAUUAUAUUUUAACAGAAGUGUAGAUAGAACGUGUUAAAACAGAAAACAGGGCGACACCUACCCUUUACAUCAGUAUUUUUUAACCAUAUUAUUAUUGGUUUAUUAGGUAUUAUAUUUUAUUGUAUGAUCCUGCAACUACUUGGUAUCACAUCCACACCUAAAUGUGUGGUCUCAUCCAAAACUAAUGUAAAUUAUCAAAGAAGAGAAUAUUAAGUGAUUAUUACAUUUUAACAGAAGUGAAAUAGAAGAUUGUAGCUGAGAUAGGCGCCAGCGCCCCCCGCGACCCCGAAAGGGAAUAAGCGGUAGAAAAUGGAUGGAUGGAUGGAUGGAAAUAGAACAUGUUAAAACAGAAAAUAAGCAGAUAUUAACAGUAAAUGAACAAGUAGAUUAAUAGUCCAUUUUUACAGUUUGUCCCCCAUAAUGUGUACAAAAUAAUAGGUGUAUAAAUGACACAAUAUGUUACUGCAUAGACUAAUUAGGGGUCUUUGUUUGUUUACUUACUACUAAAAGACAAGUAGUCUACUAUGUUCACUAUUUUAUUGAAGGACUAAAUUACAAUAAUAAACAUAUGUUUCAUGUGCACUAAGAUUUUUUGUUCAAAUAAAUAAAAUUUUUUGUGGUGCCCUUCAUUUAGAAAAGUACCUAAAUACAUUAUGGUACCGGUGCCAAACUAUUGGUAUGGAAACAACCCUAGUGUGUGUGUGUGUGUGUGUGUGUGUGUGUGUGUGUGUGUAAAUAUGUUCCUAGGACACACUGAUCCAUGGUCUGGAUGAAUGUUUGCCUCGUUUCUGUCUGACUGAAGCAUUAAGGAGUGGGACUAUGCAGGACUAGCCACGGUGUGCUCAAACGACCACCGGCAGAUAAUAAUAUUGCAUCAUCUCUGACUUUUUCGGACUUUCCCAUGGAGGAAACUCCCUUUCUUUACACUUUAGGUGAGGGAAGAGGCAAAGGCUAAACUGGACAUGUUUGGUACUACUGCAUUAGAACUGGUCCACAGAUGGUGUGGACACGUCUUGACAAACCUGUGAAAGAUUUCCUGCUGUUUAGAUGCACUUUUAAUAAUAAUAAUAAUAAUGAUAAUAAUAACGUGCAGAACGACCACACUGAAAUCCUUGAGUGGUCAACUACUGAAAACAAUGAAUGUAAAUGUGAUGUUUAUGUCUUUGAUUGUAAAGUAAGGCUGAGCCUUCAAUGGUGAAAAUAAAAAGUCAUGCUGUGGCACAAUUA